AUGUGGAGGAAGAGAAUAGCUGGCAGUUCCAGGAAACUUGGUGUGAAAAAUAUUGUAUACAGUGCACUGGAGAAUGUGAAAAAGCAGAUCAAAGCAAGGCUCAAUGUGCUACAUUUUGAUGGGAAGGGAGAGAUGGAAGCUUGCUUUAGGGAACUUGGUGCUCCCAUGGCAAGCAUUAGAAUGCCAGAUUAUUUUGAAAAUUUUCUCGAAUCCUUGGCAAACCAUUCGCUCACUCCGCCUCUGCCCCUCCUCCUGCUCUUACCCAAUAUCCCUACAGAUACUCCAGUGGAGGUAAUUUCACUAGAUGGGAUGUCUGUCGGAGACUUGGGUGGGGUGCUGGCCAUCUUGAAAAACCCUGCAGAGCAUAUUUGGAAACAGAUAGGCCUCAGUACUGACAGGCUGGCAAUUAAAAAAUAUGUUUGAAUUAUGCACAAACAUACUGGGAAAACGAUCAAUGACUCUAAGCAGGAAGGAGACCAAGAACUUACCAAAAUGUUCCAAUUUUAUAUGAAACUACCUGAUCACAAUAAGGACCUGACAUUGAAAUCAAAUCCGAAUGCAAAAUCCUUUGAGUGGAUGUCAAAAACCAAGAAUGCCUUUGUGAAUGAUUGA